CCCGAUUCUCCCGUCUCCCCCCGAUUCCCCUUCUCCUCCCCGAGACCUAAACCUAGCGCAACACCUAGCGGCGGCGGCGCGAGCGAGGCACCCAGCGGCGGCGCAUGGAGGAGGGCGAGGUGGACGAGGGCGAUGGGCGAGGUGGCCAUGGUGGGGAGGCAGGGGGCGGCCAACCCCUGGAGGACGGGCGAGGCGGCCAUGGUGGGGAGGCGGGGGGCGGCCAACUCCUGGAGGACGGGCGAGGCGGCCAUGGUGUGGAGGCGGGGGGCGGCCAACCCCUGGAGGACGGGCGAGGCGGCCAUGGUGUGGAGGCGGGGGGCGGCCAACCCCUGGAGGACGGGCGGGGCGGCCAUGGUGGGGAGGCGGGGGGCGGCCAACCUGCUGACGACGGGCAAAGCGGCCAUGGUGGGGAGGCGGAGGGCAGCCAUGGUGGGGAGGCCGGCUGUGCGGCGGUCUCAGCCUUGCGUGGUAAAGGCGCAGCACCGGAGCAAGGCCAAGUAUCACCGAGGGAUGCGGCUACAUCGGCUUGUCUAGAUGGGAUGGAUCGAAAUUCAACUUAUGUGCUGAAAAUCAAUUUGCUUGGCAACCCAAAAAAGGCUAGAAAGGAUAUCAAAUGCUUCUGUUUUGAUAAGGUUAUUGAUUCCGACUUAACAAAUUAUAAGGACUUGGUUGAAUCAAUCGUAGAGCAGUACUCGCCUCGUUAUUUGGAAGUUGCACAUGUUCAGUACUAUGAUGAUGUUCUUAAAAUCUACCCUGAAGUAACAUCUGACCAAGAAUUGGUGUCGAUGUUUGAGAAACACUCUAAGACAAAGGUUGUGCACAUGUUUGUUGCAUAUUGUGAUCCAUCGGAACCAUAUGAGCCUAUAACGGAGUGGCAUAGUGAUGCGCAUGGCCAACCUAACAACACAGAACAAGAUGGUGAUGAUUAUCUUCGCAACCCAGUACCUGAGAAUGAGCAUGUUGGUGUUGAUGAGGAAAAUAUUUAUUUAGAGGAUGAACCUGUACCUUUUAUCAUGGUUCCUUGUUCCAAUAAAGAAAAGGACAAAGACUAUGUUCCUGAUCAUGAGAGCGAGGCUGAGAGCGAGGUUGAGAGUGAGGAUGAGAGCGAGGAUGAGAGCAUGUCAGAGGUUGAAGUAGAGGAAGAUGAGGAAUAUCACAAGGCAGAUCAUGCACCACACAUUGAAUAUAAUAAAUUAGAUCCUCCAAUGAACGAAGGAAGAAAAUAUCCCAAUAUGGCAGAGUUUAAAUUGGCGCUUUCUCAGCAUGCAAUCAAACAUGAAUUUGACUUUUGACACCGAAAAUAGUGCACCACAUAGGUUCAGAGCUUAUUGUUCAAGAAGGGAUGAAGAUAAGUGUCCAUGGAGGAUAUAUCCUUCUACAAUGGAAGAUGAGUGCACAGUAAUGGUGAGAAAGAACCCUUGUGGUCAUGAUUGCUCUAGUACAAAAAGAAAAAAGAAGUUGAAGAAUGCAAACAAGCGGUGGAUAUGUGAGCACGUGAAGGACUGGCUAAUUGAGGAUGCAACUCUAGGAACAAAGGCAUUGCGAAAGAAGCUUAAAGAGCAUCAUGGAAUCGACAUCAACUCUAAAAGAGUCUAUAUGGGUAAGCUGCUAGCCUUGAAGGAACCGAAGGAGGAAAGUAGCAAGGAAGUUGGUUGGGUUGAUUCUUCCCCACAUAAUUUAGAAGUUGAAUGCAAAGACUAGAGAAUUAAACUUGGAGGUGGUAGAAAGCUCAGAAGAAGUCGCUGAAGUGACAACAUUGGGAGGCAGCGGCUUUAGGUUUGUGGUCAACUUGCUUGACAGGACAUGUUCUUGUAGACAAUGGCAAGUUUCUGGCCUUCCUUGCAAGCAUGGUCUAGCAUUUAUCACAUCUCUUAUCAAUGCACACAUACAAAAUUAUGUGGACUUGUAUUACUCCAUUGACAAAUUUAGGGCAGCCUAUGACCAACUAAUUCCUGCCAUGGUUGACAAGAACCAAUGGCCUAAAUCUGACCAUGGAUUCUUCAUGUUUCCACCACUACUAAAAUCCACGACGGGUAGGCAUAAAACUGAGAGGUAUAAAGGCUGCAGUGAGAAGAAAAGAAAAAGUGGCCAACACUUAUGCCCUAUUUGUAAGUACUAUGGGCAUCAUUGGCAUAAAUGCAAGAAGGGUAACCCAGAUGACAUUGCUGCUAUUUUAGCUGUGAGAGGACCACCAAAGAAGAGCGCAAAGACCACCAAAGCAUCAAUUGUGCCUUGCGAGGAUGAUGCUCCAGCAGCCUCUAUGUGCUUUCCGCCAAGCCAAAGCUUGCAACCUACAACUACGAAAAAGAGAAAACAUGAUAACUCAAUUACUGGAGCAUCAAAAAGCCAAAUGUUGGAGAAAACAAUUAAGGAAAAAGGGAAAGGGAGUAAAUCUGGAUCCAGAGUAGCAAAAAGGUAACCUAUGGUUGUUUCCGAAUUUUAUGUUAUGUUAGGCAUUGUUCUAUUGUUAACCUGGGCUACUAUAUGUGAUGUAUGAUGUGCUGCCAUGAAUGUGUAUGUGUUGAUCAAGAACUCAACCCAUUUGUGUGGCCAACAAGAAAGCAUUUGUUGCUUUGAAAUUACAUGCCAAAAGAAAAGGCAAAGAGGUUGCUGAUAAGUUGCCACACCUUCCUAUGGUGCCACAUAAUAGCCCUGCAAUGGGCACACGUAGCAAAAAAAUGAAUCCUGCCAGCCCUGCAAUGAGCUCACGAAGCAAAAGGAGGCUUAGCUUGUGAUUCUCAUUGGAUCCCUUUCCAUAUCAUGGUUCAUUUGGGAAACUUUUGAGCUGUUUAUGUAAUAUAUAUGUGAACCUGGGCUUUUGUACGUGCUAUAUGUGACCUUCAUGUGUUGUAUUUGACAUGAUGUGAACCUGCACUAUUAUGUGUGAACUCUAUGUGAACCUGAAUGUGUGUAGAGGACAAAAUAUGUGGACUGUUUCCGUAUAUGUGAACCUGGACCAAGUUUCUAUGAA